AUCUAUCUCUCUUUGUCAUGAACAUUCAACAUUAAUUCUUCAAAGCAUGGAAAAUUGUAGAGAGAUGGAAGCAGCACUGGUAAGAAAGAGUGGGGAAGAAGAAGAAGUGGCAUCAUCAUCAUCGGAGAUAACAUUCUGGGAAGAGUUAAAGAGGAUAAGCUCCAUGGCGGCUCCAAUGGUGGGUGUUACGGUUUCACAGUACCUUAUGGAGGUAGUGUCACUGAUGAUGGUGGGACAUUUGGGAGUACUGGUAUCCUUCUCCGGUGUUGCUGUUGCCACCUCUUUUGCUGAAGUUACCGGAUUCAUUGUCCUUUUGGGAAUGUCUGGUGCAUUGGAAACUUUGUGUGGGCAAAUGUAUGGUGCAAAAGAGUAUAGAAAGUUUGGGAACUACACUUGGUGUGCUAUAGUGACUCUGAUAUUGGUUUGUCUCCCAAUAUCUCUGGUGUGGAUAUUCACUGAUAAAAUACUCAUCUUGUUUAGUCAAGACCCUGAAAUUUCUCGUGUAGCUUCUCAGUACUGCAUAUACCUCAUACCAGGGCUAUUUGGCUACGCUAUUCUUCAGGCUUUGACUCGCUACUUCCAGGCUCAGAGUAUGAUCUUUCCCAUGGUUUUCAGCUCAAUUACCACACUAUGUUUGCAUAUUCCUAUUUGUUGGGGUUUGGUUUUUCCAUUGGGCCUAGGACACGUUGGAGCUGCAUUAGCCAUUGGAUUUUCUUAUUGGUUGAAUGUGCUUUGGCUUGCAAUUUACAUGCUCUACUCCCCGGCUUGCCAAAAAACCAAGAUUGUAUUUUCUAGUAAUGCUUUACUUGACAUUCCAGAGUUCUUAAAACUAUCUAUCCCUUCAGGACUCAUGUUAUGUUUUGAAUCCUGGUCUUUUGAGGCGCUAACUUUACUUGCGGGGCUUUUGCCUAAUCCCCAACUUCAAACCUCAGUAUUGUCAGUUUGCCUUAAUAUUACUACCUUACACUACUUCGUUCCUUUUGCUGUUGGUGCUUCUGCAAGCACUCGGGUUGCAAAUGAACUAGGGGCAGGGAAUCCAAGGACGGCCAAAGGUGUUGUUCGUGUGGUUGUGAUUCUUGGAAUUGUAGAGGCAAUCAUUGUGAGCAUAGUCUUCUUUAGUUGUCGACAUGUAUUAGGAUACGCCUAUAGCAAUGAUAUAGAAGUUGUGGAUUAUCUUGCAAGCAUGGCUCCCAUCCUUUGUGUGUCUGUCAGUGCAGAUAGUUUAAAUGGAGCACUUUCUGGGAUAGCGAGAGGUGGAGGAUUUCAACAAAUAGGGGCUUACGUGAACCUGGGAGCCUACUAUCUUGUGGGAAUUCCGGUGGGUUUGUUUUUGGGUUUUCAUUUACAACUAAAUGUCCAGGGGCUUUGGAUGGGACCUGUAUCAGGGUCUGUUCUACAAGUAAUUAUUCUUGUUAUCGUAACAGCACAAACAAAUUGGCAAAAAGAGGCAACUAAAGCCAAGGAAAGAGUGUUCGAGAACUCAAGUAAAAUUGACAUUGUUUUUGUUUGAGAUAUUCAAGGCAAGUGAACAAUAAAAGAGUGGAAGAGCUGACAAUACAUUGUCCUUACUCUUUUGGUUUUUGAUUUGAUUGUGGAAAUAUAGGAAAUAGGGAUA